UUUUAAAAUAAAUUGCAAUUGAAUAAAAACAUUAAUGUAUUGAAUAGAUUUCAACAUAUAAUGAAAGUAAAUAAAAAUGCGAUUAUAUGCUAAAAAUGCUAGUGAAAAUAUUACACAGGAAAAUUUUCAAGCAGAGCAAGUAGAAGUGCAAAGACAUAGGGUAAAAGCGAUAGAUACAAAGAAAGAAAGAUUAUUACCAAGGCGAAUUCAGUACAGGUGAUAGCAAAAAAAGAAUUAGCUCAGACGGAGGUUAGAGUGAGAAAACGGUAGUUGCAUAAAAUCGUAGCAAGAGAUAAAAAAUAUAGUAACAUUGAAUACACAAACAACAAUAGUUACGGCAACGACAGCGACAGUGUUGAUUGCAACGACCGCGAUUUUCGGUCGGCAUACGUGUGUGAAAGGUUAGCGAAAAAGAUUUAACAUAAAUAUAUGAAUCUAAUUUAUAAAAUGGAAAACUUUAUAGGAAAAUAUUUGAAAAAAUUAUAGCUGAGUGAAGUGAAAAUAACAUUAUGUGUUCACACGAAAAAAAAAAUUUUAAAUGCAAAUGUGAUUAUCGGAAAAUACAUAAAAUCUGAAAUUGUAAUUAAAACAGAAAGAAGAAGCAACAAAGUGUAAGAAAGAAAAGAAAUAGCCAUUGAACGAGUAGUAGCUUAUCCACUCUUACACAGGUUAACCACUUAAAAACGAAAGUUGAGCUCAAAGAAGACGGGCAAUAAUCAGAAUCGGAGUACAGCAGGCAGUUUUGGUGUGUUUUUGUUCAGCGGUGUUGUGCAACGCAAAAAAAUCGUUGUGUGCUGUGUUAUUGGUAUUUUGAGCAAAGGGAAGAGAAUCGGUAUGAGCAGCAGAGGCAGCGAAACAACACAUUAAACAAAUACAACUACGAAGAGCUAACAACAACGCUUAUAUUUAUCAUAUACGAGUGUGUGAACGACUGCUACUGCAGAGAUUGAUACGAACACGAGUGCGAGUGUAUCGGCGCAACAACGAUUAUUUAGUGAAGUGGUUGUGUGAAAAGCAGAAGAAGCGGCAGAAGUAGCAACAAGAGCAUAUAAUAUAAAAGGAAAAAAAAGGUAGAAAGAAGCAAGCAAGGCAAACAUGAACUAAAUUUUGCACGAAAAGACGAGAAACGAGCAUUUUUAUAGUAAAAAAAAAGUUUGUGUUAACGUGUGCUUUGGCAAAUAUUAGUAAAAAAAUAAAAUAAAAAUAUAAAAUCAUGCAAUACUUGGUCCAAGUGCUGGUGAGUGGAACAUAGAAAGGAGGUAGAAAUAAAGAAGUACCAAUCAUACCAGUAGUUAAACAACAGCAACAGUAUUGGAUUGGUAUCGCGAAAAAAGAAGCAAUUGCGACUAUUGAAAUAGUAAUAACACGAAAAUCAGGAGGACGAGAAAAUCCCACAAAUUAUCUACAGAAGCAACUCACACAACAGAAAGUAUAUGAAAUAUGUUGAAAGUCAAAAGAGAAAAGGGGAGAAUGGCUGCGUGAGCUUCGCAGUGGCGGCGAGCGCCAAUUAAAUUUGUGUGGUGGCCUCAAAACGUAAAGAAACUAAAAAAAAUAUAGAUAUUUUGUGAAGUAAAUUCUGAAAAGAGCUCAGAACGAUUUUUGCGAGCAUAAAAAGUGGAAAAAAUAAUAUACAAUUAAAAACUUGAAGCACAAACUAUAAGAUAGUAUCCAAUAACAGUCAGCAUUGCUGUGCAAUUUUUUGCACCUAAAAGAUUUAGUUCAAGCAUCUGGUUCCCUUUCAGUGUUAUUUUAAAAAGUUAAUAAAGAGGGUAAACACGCCUUCAAGAAGAAAAGAUCUACACAAAAGCACGACACAUCACAACAGAUAAUGUAUGGAAAAGCUAAAACGUCGUCAGUGCCAUCAGAUGCACAGGCAAGAGAAAAAUUGGCGCUAUAUGUUUAUGAAUACCUGUUACAUGUUGGCGCUCAGAAAGCAGCUCAAACAUUUCUGUCAGAAAUAAGAUGGGAGAAGAACAUCACGUUAGGCGAGCCACCUGGAUUCCUACACACAUGGUGGUGCGUUUUUUGGGAUCUAUACUGCGCUGCCCCGGAGCGUCGUGAUCAAUGUGAUCACUCUUCAGAGGCGAAAGCCUUUCAUGAUUAUGGUUUUGUUAGUUCCGGCUAUGGCGUCAAUGGAAUUGGUCCUGGAGGACCGCACAGCGCUGGUGGACCAGCUCCUAGUCCACUUGGACAAAUGCCUCCUGGUAGCGAGGGUCCAAUGGGACCCGGUGGACCUAUGGGUCCUAAUUUCUUUCCGAAUUCCACAAUGCGUCCAUCACCACCAACGCAUGCGUCAAGCCCUCAGCCACCACCAUCUCAAAUGAUGCCUGGCCAGCCGCCAUUCAUGGGUGGACCUCGAUAUCCUGGUGGUCCUCGUCCUGGUGUGAGGAUGCAAGGAAUGGGUAAUGAAUUCAAUGGGCCUCCUGGGCAGCCUAUGAUGCCGAAUAGUAUGGAUCCGACGAGACCUGGCGGAAUGGGGCCCAUGAAUCCACGUAUGAAUCCACCUCGUGGCCCGGGAGGCAUGGGACCGAUGGGAUAUGGCGGCCCUGGCGGUAUGCGGGGUCCAGCACCGGGACCGGGUGGAAUGCCACCUGGUAUGGGUAUGGGAGCUGGUGGACGACCGCCUCAAUGGCAACCAAAUGCAACUGCACCAAUGAACGCAUAUUCAUCAUCUUCACCCGGAAAUUAUGGACCUGGACCGGGUUCAAAUGGCCCGCCCGGUCCUGGAACGCCAAUUAUGCCAUCUCCACAGGAUAACACGCAAGCUGGACCUGGUGGUCCCGGCGAUAACAUGUACUCGAUAAUGAAACCAGAAUUCCCAAUGGGAGGUGGACCGGAUGGAGGCGGAGGAGGUCCGGGUGGUAUGGGUCCAAUGGGUGGUGGUCCAAAUUCAAUGGGUCCUGUUCUGAAUGGCGGCGGCGGAGACGGUUCCGGAUUAGAUGGCAUGAAAAAUUCACCGGCAAAUGGUGGUCCUGGAACGCCGCGCGAAGACUCUGGUAGUGGAAUGGGAGAUUAUAAUUUAGGUGGAUUCGGUGGUCCCGGGGAAAAUGAUCAGAAUGAAUCAGCGGCUAUACUAAAGAUAAAAGAAAGCAUGCACGAAGAGGCGAAAAGGUUUGAAAAAGACUCUGAACACCCGGACUAUUUCAUGCAAUAACAACAUAGUAGCAACAAUACGGCUACAACUCACACAACAGCGGCAGCAGUGACUGCAGCAGCAGUUGCAGCGGCAGCGGCGGCACUUGGAGCCAAUAUGUUGAGCAGUUCAGCUACAACCGUUGCGCACAGUCUUAACACCAGUAAUAACGGCAAUCCCAGCGGCAGCAAUAAUCUCAUCAACCAUGCCAAUAAUAACAGUCCCGCAGCAGUAACGCCGCAUUUUCCUAAGGAACUUAAUUUUUAAAUAAAUCAAUUUUUAAAAAUAUUUUAUUUUAUGCAAUUUCAGAUGGUUCAAUACAUAAAGCACUGAUCAAGUAUCAAUAACCGUAUAUAUAUAAAAUGUAUAUGUAUAAUCUAAAAUUGCAACUAUAUACAUAUUUUCGAAACUCUUAUGUUACAAAUUAGACCGACCGUCAAAUAAUGUAAUAGAAAAUAACCAACAUAAUGAAAUAAUCGUUCGGAGACUUGUGAGGGUAUAGCCAUGUGCAGCUGACAAACAUAGCGUAAGUGACGCUAUAUGGUAAAUAUAUGUAGAAUGUGAGCAAUUACCCGAAAUCACCUCUCGAGCAACUUUUACAUUUAUAUACUUAUAAAUUUUGCAGAAAGUAUUAAAUUUGUACAAAAUAAAAGCGCAAUUAAAUAAAUAGAGGACGUUGUGUGUAGAUGAUUUGAUAAAAAAAAAAUCAGAUGCACAUACAGGAGAAAGUAUUUCAAUUGUCGAAAUUAUUGAAGGUCAAGUUAUUAAUAUAUAAUUUUUUUUUAUAUGGAAAUAUACGCGAGACUUAUUAUCAGAUUUUGAUUCAUUGCUUAGCAUGGAACAAGAUUAAAGUCAGAUAUAUAAGAAAUGCGUAAAGACACUUUGUAAAAAGGAUAUAUACCAAUAAUUGUUAAUCUUAAAAGGAAAAAUGAAAACUAUAUUGUACUUAUCCACGCGAACUUAAACUGUAUAAUAUUAAAACUAAAUGACUUCACAUUAUUAUAUAUGCUAAAGGGGGAAAAUAUUUAAUUAUAAAAGUUUAUAAAUUAAGCAAAAUGUUAGCAUAUAGGCAAAUACUUCAAUUCUUUGCAAGUGUGGGUUUAACAGUACGUAGAAUUUAAACGCAGGAUCAUUUGAGUAAAAGCUUAAAUGUUACUACACACGACAAAAAAGAAUAAAUAUAUACAUACAUACAUAUAUGUAUGUAAUAGUGUCAUAUGACACGAAAUGUAAAAUUCAUAUGUAUUUAAAAAUGGUAUAUGACAGAUAUUUAUCAAAAGCAACACUCGAAUUUUAUAAAUGUUUUUGUUGCAUCAAAUAAAAUAUAUAAUAAAUUAUAAGUGAAGAUGACUUCUUAGUAUCCUUUCAUUCAUCGAAAGGCGAGACAGGCAUACGCACCACCUUACAUACAUACACACAUAUGUAUGUACAUAUAUUGUAUAACAGUUAGUUCUAUAUAAUAAAUAGCACAAAAAUUAAAAACACUGCAGGCAACAUUGUCCGUUGCGCAAGCGCUAUCACUUAAUAUUUUUAGGGAUUAUAAACAAGUACUAAGCGUAUUCUCUCUAUCUAGUAAAUUUCUUUGCUAUGCUAAAUUCAAUUUAUUCAGCUGUGGGAAUCAAAUACACUUUGGUUUGAGCGUGAGAUAUUCUUCCACAUUCUUUUACUUGUGUUUUGUUGUUGUAACGAUGCAAUGAAUUUCCUAGACAAAGAGAAUACCCCUACUACUUGCUUGUGAUUCAAAAAUCGCAAUAUGUUACACUCACUGAUGUGUUUAAAUAAAAAUGUGGACGCACAAUUCGCUCCGAUGUGUAAUGAACCUUUAAUGAAAAUGAAUGCAAGUUGUUCCAACUAAAUAUUUGGACCGACCUCAAGAAUUUUCAAAAGUCUAUAUAGAUUUAUUUAUGUACAUAAAUUCUUUCAGGCUCGUCGGCAUUUUACAAUCACAUGCUAUACUAUAAUUAACUUUGUUCUGAUGAAUUACUGAAUAAAAUAUAUCUGCAGAGAAUACCGUCUAAAUUAGUUAUGCUUAUUAAUAUGUUGAAAUGUUGACUAGAUAAAAGCAAGAAAGCAUUCUGCAUUUAAGACCCUUUAUGCUUACAAUAUUGCAAUUGUGUCGUCGAAUUAUUUUUAACUUUAGUUGAUGCUCAAGGAUUUUGAAAUUUUUUUUUAGUAUAUUUUUCAGGAAAAAUUUUGACAAAACGUAACAUGGAACAAACAAAUUUUCAACUCUAACAAUGCAGUUAUGUACGCGAAAAUCAAAUUGGAAUUGUUUAAUAUUUAGCUUGGGCUUUGCUAAGCAUUAAAUUAUUUAGAAUAUUAAUAACUUCUGAUUGAUAGAAAAAAAUCCUCUGUUGCCGACAUUUCUAAACUUUUUCUGUUUUUUUUUCUUAAUUUUUUUUUUUUUAUUUCAAAAGUAGUUUGCGUAUUUUGCUGCACGUCCGUAGAUCCCAUUAUUGUAUAUUUUACAUCGUACUAUAUACACAACUGCUUUUUUGUGAUGGAAAUUAUUGCUAUUGCAAGUGUUUUGAUAACGAGAUGUCCGUUUGUUGAGUGAUAUUUAACCAAGGUGGUGCCCAUUUAAAACAAGAUAACAAAUAUAUUUAAACAUUUUUAGGAUAUUCAUUUGUUUAUGUAUGUAUAUUUAAAUUGCAAAAAAAAAAAAUAUAUAUAUAUAUAUAUAAACAAUACUUACCACAUACAAAAUACAUAAUGUGUAUGUAACAUAAUUGAAUGAGUGACUGUGCGGCUGAGAAAAUGUGGACACAUAUGCACUUACGCAUGUAAUCAUGUAAUCAUGUAAACGUAAAUAUGCAGAUAUUAGCAUAUAUGUAAAUGAAUAUAUUAAUAUAUACUAAUAUAUAUGUAUGUAUAAUUAUCAAUAAAAAACUUAAUAUUGUACAAAAGUUAAAAAUUAUUGCUAUUUAAAAACAGUUAAAUAAAUAUGCAUAUGUAAUUAAAUUAAAUAUUUACUUAUUAUACAUACAAACAUAAAUAGAGUUAUUUUUAGAGUUAGUGCAUUACAAGUAAAAAGUCUUUAUAGUUAUCAUUAGCAUGAGAAAAAAUAAAAAUAAAAGAUAAUUAGAAAAAAAAACAUAAAAAACGAAAAACACUUUCAAAAAUUUACAAAAAAUGGUUGAGUAAAAUGUACAUUAAGUAAUUUACGUAUGUAUGUAUAAGUCUGGAAUGAAAAUAACUCUUUUUUUUUUGUAGGCAUCAUAUAAGGUAAAUACAUACAUACAUACACGCAUAUGUUAUGCUUACGAAUAAUCUCCCGCUAUUCUUUACUACGGUUUACUUUUGAACUUUGGUGUCCUUAGUGCGAUUUUGGUUUUAAUUCAAUCUUUGUGUUUUCAUGUCCCAAAUAUUAGUAUUAAAUUUGUUUUACGUAGUUUUUUUUUUUAUUAUUUAAUUUAAAAAUUAAUGGUCGUAUAAAUCACUAAAAUGUCAUGUUUUCAAUAAUUAUACACGAAUAAUCACUUAAACAGUAAAUAAUAAAAACCUUAAUUACACUCGAGCAUCCAUAUGUAAGUCUAAAAAGGGAAAAAUAUAAAUAAAAAUCGGAAAUUUGAUCAAAUUAAUACAAAAGAAGAUACAUUUGUAAAACACGGACAAAAAAAAAUGGAAAGUAUGUAGUUUGAAAACGAAAAACAGAAUUAUUAAAUUAUUAUUUGUAAAAUCUAUACCAUAAGCUUAAAAUAAAUAUAUAUUAAAAUUUUGAAUACAUAUGGCAGUGUGAAAGAAUAAGUAAUAGGAAAUGCGUGCACUCUUUUAUGCAAUAAUUGUCUUGAAACCGUGCAGAUGUAAUUUUUGUGCGUACAGUAAGCAUAAGACGAAGAAUUAUUCGGCGAUUGCAAACAAAAAAAAAAAAAUUAAAUAAAUAAAUAAAAAAUCAUAAAAAAA